AUGACUCCCCCCCUGAACGACUUUCGUCGCGUUGCAUUUUUCCGUUCUGUCUCUGAGCAAGAGGCCAACAGCAGCAGCAGCAGCAGCAGCAGCAGCAGCAACAGCAGCAGCAGCAGCAGCAGCAGCAGCGAAGGCGUUCGCUAUCAGUUUCGGCAUUAUACUGUUUCCUUAAAGGCAGCAGAUAUUACAACGGGGGUAGAGAGCCUCCUCAAGGCUUCAUCUGGUGGUGCUGCUCAGAAGCAGCUGCUGCAGCAGCUGCAGCACAAGCAGGCAGAUGCAUGCGAUUUGCUGCUGGCAGCAGAGCAGCAGCAGCAGCAGCCGCAACAGCAGCAGCAGCAGCAGCAGCAGCAGCAGCAGCAGCAGCAAAGCCAACGCGUCGUAUUUGGUGCAGCAACUGGCCCCUCUCGCAUAUCAAAGGGCAGCAAUUUGCAGGUAAUACUGCCGAGCAAGCAGCAGCAGCAGCAGCAGCAGCAGCAGCAGCAGCAGCAGGAGCAGCAGCAGCAGCAGGAGCUGUCUAUGGCGGUGCAACUGAGAGAGAUCGGCCCCCGACUCGACUUGCUGCUCAUUAAGAUUGAAAAUGAUGUCUGCACUGGCGAAGUGUUGUAUCAUAAGCAUAUUUCGAAGACGCCUGAGGAGUUGAAGAUCCUCAAGAAGAAAGAACAGCUCCUUAAAGCAAAGAGGGAGGAGGAGCGACAGAAGCUGCUGGAGCUGCUGCAGCCGAAGGGUACUGCCAAGGCAGCAGCAGCAGCAAAAGGAGCAGCAGCAGCAGCAGCAACGGACAAAGCAGACGCAUCUACAGAUGCCUCAGAAGAAGAAGACGAAGAGCACAGCAGCAGCAGCAGCAGCAGCAGCAGCAGCAGAAAGCGAGACAGAGAAAGCAGCAGCAGAGCGACCGAAGCAGAAGAGUCAGACAGUGACAGAGAGCAGCACACCAAGAGGCCCAAGUUCAACCCCUUCACGUUCAAGAAGCGUCAGCCAGCAGCAGCAGCAGCAGCAGCAGCAGCAGCAGGUCAGCAGCAGAAGCAGCAACAGCAGCGUCCUCAGGUUAGGGCCCGGGGUAACCAGCAGCAGCAGCCACAGAAGCAGCAGCACGCCCCGAAGGGGAAUACAGCAAAGAAGAGCGGUGCAGCAGCAGCACCAGCAGAAGCAAGAGGCCCGCAGAGCAGCAGCAGCAGCAGCAGCAGCAAGUGGCGAGGCAGCAACAAGAACCGCAAGGUUCCUGGAACAGCUGAGCUGUAA